GCUUCCCCGGAACUUCAGCCUACGCGGCUGUGACAGUUUUAAAUUGGGGUUCGGUCCAAUAUGGCGGCAGACGGAUGGAAAUACUGAUGACAGUCCGAAAGAUCGCCUCGAUUUGUACGAUGGGCGCCAAUGCCUCUGCCUUGGAGAAGGAGAUUGGACCGGAACAGUUUCCUGUAAAUGAACACUACUUUGGGCUGGUCAAUUUCGGCAACACCUGCUACUGUAACUCAGUGUUGCAGGCGCUCUAUUUUUGCCGGCCGUUCCGGGAGAAGGUACUGGCCUAUAAGAUCCAGCCCAGGCGGAAAGAGAGUUUGCUCACCUGCCUGGCGGACUUGUUCAACAGCAUCGCCACGCAGAAAAAGAAAGUAGGAGUAAUACCACCUAAGAAGUUCAUCUCACGGCUAAGAAAGGAGAACGAACUGUUUGACAAUUACAUGCAACAGGAUGCUCACGAGUUUCUCAACUACCUGCUCAACACCAUCGCAGACCUCCUGCAGGAGGAGAAGAGCCAGGAGAGACAGCAGAACGGCAAGUUGGUGCAGAACGGAGGAGGUGGAGGAGGAGGAGGUGGAGGGGGAGGAAGCAGCAGCAGUACAGGUGAAGGAGAAGCAGAGGAGAAGACCCAGCAGACCUGGGUACAUGAGAUCUUCCAGGGCACGCUGACCAAUGAGACGCGCUGCCUCAACUGUGAAGCGGUGAGCAGUAAAGAUGAGGAUUUUUUGGACCUCUCCGUAGAUGUGGAGCAAAACACAUCUAUCACUCACUGUCUCAGGGGCUUCAGCAACACAGAGACCUUAUGUAGCGAAUACAAGUACUACUGUGAGCAAUGUCGAAGCAAGCAGGAGGCACAGAAAAGGAUGCGGGUUAAGAAAUUACCCAUGAUCCUUGCGCUGCACCUGAAGCGUUUUAAGUACAUGGACCAGCUGCAUCGUUAUACCAAGCUGUCCUACCGCGUGGUCUUCCCCUUGGAGCUACGGCUCUUCAACACAUCCGGCGACGCCACGAACCCCGACCGCAUGUACGACCUGGUCGCCGUGGUGGUGCACUGUGGGAGCGGUCCAAAUCGUGGUCAUUACAUCACAAUCGUGAAGAGUCAUGGCUUUUGGCUUCUGUUUGACGACGAUAUAGUAGAAAAAAUUGACGCCCAGGCAAUUGAGGAAUUCUACGGCCUGACAUCUGACAUUUCCAAAAACUCAGAGUCGGGGUACAUCCUCUUUUACCAGUCCAGAGACUGAACCAAUGGGAGCACAAGAACGGAUCUAUGUGAC